AUGAGUAGGCGUUGCCUUCAAUUUGAAGAAGCUCAACCUAAAGCUAUUGUGAAAAGCACAAAUCCUUCGGAUCAGGCAAAUGAUGUAACUGAUUCAAGAUCACCUGCUACCCCCCCAGAAUCAGAGAGCUUGGACUCGUCUUACUUGGAUUUAAGUGCAACUUUCAGCAAGAGGCAGCUGGUUAACUUGCCCCAACCAGUGACUCCCCUGUUUCCUCCUCGUCAUACUGGAAAGUCUCCCUUAACUAUUUCUAAGCCAUCAGGCAUUGGCCUGCAUCUAAACAGCAUUGUCAAUGCUUUGCCUAAGGGUCAUGCUGCAACAGUUGGUGUAAAAUUAACUACUGCUGAAUAUGGGAUGCUUGAAACUAAGACUUCAAUUGCUGUGAGUUCUAUGACUUCUGAAUCAUUUGACAACAUGCCUUUGCAUAUUUUGCCUCCGAUUGAACAUCAUGCAACUCCUCAUGCUAAAAGAAAGUAUAACUCAGAGCAUACUGACAGUUUUGAGGAGAAGAAACCAUUAGGCACCAUAGAUGGUGAAGGUUGCAAACGUUGCAAUUGUAAGAAGACGAAAUGCUUGAAACUUUACUGUGAUUGUUUUGCUGCUGGAAUCUAUUGUGCUGAACCUUGUGCCUGCCAAGGGUGCUUUAACAGACCAGAGUAUGAAGAUACUGUUCUUGAGACAAGGCAACAAAUUGAAUCCCGUAAUCCACUAGCUUUUGCUCCCAAGGUUGUGCAGCAUGCUACUGAAUUUCCGGUAAGCCAGGAUGAUGGAAACCGAAUGACACCAGCCUCAGCUAGGCACAAAAGAGGCUGCAAUUGCAAAAAGUCAAUGUGUCUGAAGAAAUAUUGUGAAUGUUAUCAGGCUAAUGUUGGCUGCUCAAGUGGAUGUCGAUGUGAGGGUUGUAAAAAUGUCUAUGGAAGGAAGGAAGAUUAUGUUGAAAAUGAAGAAAUGGUGAGCAACAGGUUAAGCAAAGACAGAUCAGAAGGAACAUUUGAGGACAGGCUAGAAACAAUAACAAACAAGAAUGAUUUCUUACAUUCUGAGUUGUAUGAUUCCCGCAACCUGACGCCAUUGACCCCGUCAUUCGAUUGCUCAGACCAUGGAAAGGAUGCACCAAAAUCUCGAAUUCUCUUUGGAAAAUGCAUUCCAUCACCCGAGUCUGAUCUUACCAUAUUGUCAUCUUAUACAAGAACACUGAGAUCUCUGGAAAAAUCAGAUUUUAAUGACAUGCUUCUUGAAACAAGUAAAGAAGUACUGGAUGUAGGUGCUUGUGGUCAGAGAAUGGAUUACAACAGCACAGACAUGACAGACCAGUUCUCUUCAAGAUGUGACACGCUAGCUGAUUUUCGCAAUCUCACUCCGCUGGAUUUUCCUUCAACAGCCAUGGCCUCCUCAACUUCAUGCAAGGUAUCUGACUGGACAAAUGCUUCAAGACUCCAAUUAUGCCCCAAAAGUGGUAGCCUCUCAUCAGGUAGUUCCCUUCGUUGGCGUAGUUCACCUAUUACCCCACUGACUCAGUCAGAUGGGACCAAGAAUCACCAGGAGCUUGACUCUGACAACAGGCUUUGUGACAUUCUGGAAGAUGAUACACCUGACAUUUUGAAAGAUGCAUCUACUCCCAUUAAAUCGGUUAAAGUAAGUUCCCCUAGUCGCAAGCGAGUUUCACCUCCUCACACUCGUGGGCAUGAGCUUAGGUCAAGCUCUUCAGGAGCCUUGAAAAGUGGCCGCAAGUUCAUAUUAAAGGCAGUGCCAUCUUUUCCACCUCUCACCCCUUGUAUUGAUUCCAAAGGAAGCACCAAUCAGAACAAAAGUGAUUUUCAGGAAAAGAAGUAA